AUGAAGGGAGCUCUGCUUACAGCAGCUGCGCUGCUUGGAGCCGCUGAGGCCGGCGUCCACAAGAUGAAGCUUCAGAAGAUUCCCCUUUCAGAACAGCUCGACUCUUACCCCAUCGAUCUACAGAUGAAGGGACUCGGCCAGAAGUACAUGGGCGCCAGACCCGAGACCCAUGCCCAAGCCAUGUUCAAGGAGACGUCGUUCCACGCCGACAAGAACCACCCUCUGCCCAUCAGCAACUUCAUGAACGCCCAGUACUUCUCCGACAUCUCCAUCGGUACUCCUCCCCAGGAGUUCAAGGUUAUCCUCGAUACCGGCAGCUCCAACCUUUGGGUACCCAGCCAGUCCUGUGGAAGCAUCGCCUGCUACCUGCACUCCAAGUAUGACUCGUCAGCCUCAUCCUCAUACAAGAAGAAUGGCUCCGACUUUGAGAUCCGUUACGGAUCUGGUAGCAUGAAGGGCUUUGUCUCCAACGACAAGCUCGUCAUUGGCGACCUCACAAUCAAGAACCAAGACUUUGCCGAGGCUACCAGCGAGCCCGGUCUGGCUUUUGCCUUCGGUCGAUUUGACGGAAUCCUCGGUCUGGGUUUCGACAGACUAUCCGUCAACGGCAUUGUCCCUCCUUUCUACCAGUUGAUCAACCAGGGUCUCGUCGACGAGCCUGUUUUUGCCUUCUACCUUUCUAGUGAGAAUGGUGACGACUCUUCCGAGGUUGUCUUUGGUGGCAUCGACAAGGAUCACUACACUGGCAAGAUCACCGAGAUUCCCCUACGCCGUAAGGCCUACUGGGAGGUUGAUCUUGACUCCAUCACUUUCGGCGACGAGACUGCCGAGCUCGAAAACACUGGAGUCAUCUUGGACACUGGCACAUCUUUGAUCGCCCUUCCCACCGAUCUUGCUGAGCUUCUCAACAAGGAGAUUGGUGCCAAGAAAGGCUUCAACGGCCAAUACACCGUUGACUGCUCCGCCCGUGACAGCUUGCCCGAUGUCAGCUUCAAGCUGAGCGGUUACGACUUUGCCAUUACUCCUUACGAUUACAUCCUCGAAGUUCAGGGCAGCUGUAUCUCUACUUUCAUGGGCAUGGACUUCCCUGCUCCCGUCGGUCCCUUGGCCAUCCUGGGUGAUGCUUUCCUCCGCAAGUGGUACUCCAUCUAUGAUGUUGGUAAGGGAACUGUUGGUCUUGCCAAGGCCAAAUAA